AUGCUUCGACACGUGUGGCAAGACAAGAGACUGAAUUUCGAGAAAAAGAACACGUCGUACCUUGAGGACGAAUAUCUAUCAGGGAGCGAAUGGCUCUACAACCUCAUCUGGUCCCCGACUCUCUUUUUCGCGAAUGAAAAGGAUUCGAAUGUCUUCCAACUCAGCAAGAGGAACGUCUUCGUCGCCAUCUCCAAGAAUGGCACGGUCACGCUAACCUACAGGCGAGUUAGAUCCUGCUUUACAAGUGUUUUGCGGGUAAGAAAAAAAUUUAGUGCCAUCAUAGUGAGAUUCAAGAUCAAGAGGGACCCUGGACAUUACAUCCUGGAUUAUUAUGUACCCUCCAUCUUCCUGGUCGUCGUGUCAUGGGUCUCCUUCUGGUUGGAUCCCAAUGCUGCUCCUGCCCGCGUCGCUCUCGGAACAUGCACGAUGCUGACCUUCAUCACCCUGUCAAGGAAUAUAGGCGACGAACUGCCUAAACUGUCAUAUUUGAGGGCCGUGGAAAUCUGGUUCUUUGUCUGCAUCGCCUUCAUCUUCCUUACCCUCGUCGAAUUCGCUUUUGCCAACAUUAUCUCUCGCAGAGGAACAGAGGCAGUGCCACUGAGAAAGGUGACAAGCAGGAACAUGCUGAUGUACGGGCUCAGUCCCAGGUUGACUCGUUUUCAGCCAGGCCGGAGAAAAGAGCGGACCAAGUCUGACGGAAACCUGGAUGUCCCCCGCAAUGACCUCGGCCGGGACGUGGACACUAAUCAGCUGUCGGUGAACAGCUUCGAAAAAGCGUUUUUCACCGUAACCCCAUCAAGCAGCAUGGAGACGUUGAACAUGCCAGAAGAUGAUUGCAAGGAUAUUACAAUCUCAGUGCCGAUCACUUCAGUUGGUGGCGAUGAGUCUGCCUCUUCCAAAUCCAGGCAGAGAAAGAUGAGCGUGGUAUCGAUGGACUGGGUCAAAGAAAAAUGGCGUCUGGCGCAAGAAGAGAAGGAAAAGAAGAAAGCCAAGAAGGAAAUAACAUUCAAGGAAAUGACUCCUCAACAAAUUGCCAUUUUCAUCGACGAAAAAAGCCGAAUCUUCUUCCCCAUCUGCUUCAUUAUCUUCUGCAUUCUUUACUGGACCCUUAUCAUCAUUCUCUGAAAUAAUCCAUUGCGCACAAUUAUUCCCUCUCAUACAAAUAAUAUGAGCUGCAAAUGAUAUAAACUGAGGAGGAGAGUGUCUCGGCUGCCCCAGUAUACUCUGUAUUUCUGACGGUUCUUGGCAACUCGGUUGCUACACGUCUUGCCUAUUCUCUUCGAUGUCUUUGUUCAGUUCAGGAAAAUUUUUUUAAUUAAAAAAGACGAUGCCCUCAUUCUGUCUCAGUCCUUAGAUCAAUUUGUUAAUGUCAAGUAGAGAUGCUCGUGAAAGCAUGAAGUCAUGAGAGAUUCCCCGAACACGACAGCAAGAUGGCGCGAUUUCAAGAGGAAGAUCGUUAGCGAUCAAAUCUGCUGCUUCCCUCGUUGCCUGCUUCAGGAUGGUAACAAGAAUUACGACCACA